GCGAGUUCGGCAUACCAGCAGCGGCGGCAGCAGCAGCACACCAUUCAACCGAUCGAGCAUACAACUGCAACAUGAAUAGCAGCGCUACCAGCAGUAGCAACAACAAAAUCAAUAUCAGUAACAACAACAACGCUAUCAACAACAAAACCAGCGGUAGUUACACAUCAUCCGGUGCAGCCUGUCACGGAAUGCCGAGCGCUACGUCACGGCGUGGAACAAAACGCAAAACAUCGGCAGGAACCAUUUCCUCAGCCAUCCGGAAACGGCGCAAGUUGCAGCAUUCCUCGAAGCCGGGCGAAUCGCGACAGGAGCAGAUACCGCAGACGAAGAACACGGUGGCCGUGCUGAACGAGCUGAAGCGCAACCUGGUGUACAAGGUCGAGUCGCAGACGGGCCCGGUCCAUGCACCCCUUUUCACGAUAUCGGUUGUGGUCGAUGGGCAGAAGUUUGUCGGUUCCGGACCGAGCAAGAAGCUGGCCCGGGUAGCAGCGGCCGCUUCAGCCCUGCGCAGCUUCAUCCAGUUCAAGGAUGGGGCGACGCUGACACCGAUCGAGCCGCUGCACAACGUCGACUUCACCAGCGAUGAUCCGAUGAUCGAGAACAGCAUAUUCCCGCUGUCCGAUGCCGGGCCGGGCAUGCAGGAGAUCAUCAGCCCGGAAAAGGGCCCCGUGAUGCUGCUGCACGAGCUGUUCACCGAUGCCCACUUCGAGUGCGUCUCGUCCGAUGGGCUGCAGCACUCGAAGUUCACCGUCGUCGUCACGGUGAACGACAACCAGCGCUUCGAGGGUACCGGGCCUUCGAAGAAGAUGGCGAAGAACGCGGCAGCCAAGGCGGCCCUCGCCUCGAUCUGCAACAUCUCGUUCAGCCCGCUGCAGCAGUCCAACGUCUCGCUGAACGGGGACAACAGCUUCAAGCAGAACAAGAACUUCGAGCUACCGCAGACGUUCGCGGACGCCGUCGGCAAAUUGGUAAUCGAAAAGUUCAACGAGGUGAUGAAGGGGAGCGACGUUUACAGCAGGCGCAAGGUACUGGCCGGGUUUGUGAUGACCCACGGGUACGAUGUGAAGACGGCGCGGGUGAUCUCGCUAGCCACCGGCACCAAGUGCGUCAGCGGCGAGCACAUGAGCGUGACCGGCUCGGUCAUCAACGACUCGCACGCCGAAAUUAUCGCCCGGCGCGGGUUGAUGGAUUUCUUCUACAGCCAGCUGGACCUGCUCUGCCAGCAGCAGCAACAGCAGCAGACACCGGAGUCGGUACCGGUGUCUAGUACGUCGCCAACCCCCGGCAAUGGGCAGACGGUGGUGACGAUCGGCAGCGGCGGAACGACGCUGUCCAAUGGCACGAUGGCAGCUGCCGAGCCUGCGCUCCCCUCUCAGUCAGAUGCGGCCGAUGGCGAAAGCAACGCGUCCGAGCAGAAACCGGCCAUUGCGACGCAGCACGCGGAAGUCAUUUUCAACAAACCCAGUAACGACUCGAGUCUGUACACGCUGAAGGAAGGCAUCUACUUCCAUCUGUACAUCAACACCGCACCAUGCGGAGACGCGCGAGUCUUCAGUCCGCACGAAAAUGAUAGCAUGGAUGUGGACAAGCAUCCCAAUCGCAAAGCACGUGGUCAAUUACGAACGAAGGUGGAAUCAGGGGAGGGAACGAUACCGGUCAAGAGCAGUGACGGCAUUCAGACGUGGGACGGCGUUUUACAGGGCCAGCGAUUGCUGACCAUGUCCUGCUCGGAUAAGAUUUCCCGCUGGAACGUGCUGGGCCUGCAGGGGUCGAUGCUGGCGUCCGUGAUCGAGCCGAUCUAUCUGCACUCGAUUGUGCUCGGUAGCCUGCUUCAUCCGGCUCACAUGUAUCGAGCAAUUUGCGGACGGAUAGAAAAUGCAAUACAAGGACUACCCCCGCCGUAUCGCUUGAACAAGCCAAAGCUGGCACUCAUGACGUCGGCGGAAUCGCGAAAUCAAACCAAGCCUCCUAAUUUCAGCAUCAACUGGAUCACGAACAGCUCGGAGGUUGAGAUUGUGAACUCGUUCACCGGGAAGCUCAUCAACAAUAACACAAACACGAACAAGAUGUCGCGGCUGUCGAAACAAUCGUUCUACCGGCGCUAUGCAGCCAUCAUAGCGCGCCUACCGAGCGUUCGGCUACGUCAAGUGAAGCCGACGUACUUCGAAACGAAGAUGUCGGUCAACGAGUAUCAGCAGGCGAAGCGGGAGCUGUUCGCCGCGUUCAGCAAGGAAGACCUCGGUGACUGGCUGAAGAAACCGAUCGAGCAGGAUCAGUUCACGCUUAUCGUAGCCAAGGAAAGCGAACCACCGUCGCUCGUCAGCCAGCCGCAAACUGUGCCAACUGUCGAACUGAAUACACUGGUAAGCAACGCUACUUCUUCCGUCGGCAACUGCUCCAAAUGACAUCACAUCAAGCAUUCAAGCCGGCGCAGCUACUCGUCGGUCGGCCCCGACCACCCCAGUCAUACUUCCGAGCGUAGUAACAAAUUUUCUAACUCCUCUGGCAGUUAGUCGUAGCGGCUGUCGCGUUGAGGAAGCCGUUACCGAGCCUACCAGUUAGGGUGUGUGUUUUGCAUUAGGUGACAUUUGAGGACAAGGCAAUAAUGAACCGAGACUGGCCGAGGGUGUGCUGCUGCCGUUGUUUUCUAGACUUUUACCACCACCCUGUUCUUGAGGCUCACUUGCACACAGGCAAAAUAUCGAUUAGAAGUGUGCCUUUAGCACUAGCAUUCUUAAAAUCAUAGUAACCUUACCCGCUUAGCUCUAGGGGGUCCGCGACAGCCGAGCGGUAGCGCCGGUUAGAAAAUCGGCCCAUGAGCGCCGGGGCUCACCACCUCGACGGCGUGGGUUCGAAUCCCAACCGAGACCGGACCCUCCCCUGUACGAGAGGACUGACUAUCCACGUACAACAGGGAAACAAGUCUCGUAAGCCCUUAACGGGCAGGCAUGACCAAGAGGUCGUUACGCCAAGAAGAAGAAGAAGAAGACCCGCUUAGCUAAGAAUUUGAAAGUUCUCGUGGGAGAAGCUCUACAUUUUUUAAAGCUUUUAUUUGCUACUCCAUAUUUCGUGCUCUCUACCGUUUGAACUACAGAAUUAUGAAUUCAGUGCAUUGAUUUCUCAUUGCUCUGCUGUCCAGGCGAUUGAAGGCAUAUCGAAAUCGUCGUCAGGACCCAUGCGUUCCAGGAUAGCAUCAAAACAAUCAUGCAUAGCCUCUGGGGACUAGCCGACUAAGAUACUCUAAUAAUUUCGGAUGCAUCAUCGAAUUGCCAAACCACUGCGUAUCCUUUUUGAUUUGAUGAGCACUACUUUUGUUUUUAUAUUGAUAAAGCUUCCCAGUAAUGCUGAACAUUACUCAAUACUUGAAUAACGAAUCUGGUUGGAUAAAGGUGAAGGGGAGGAAUAAACCCUACGUCGGGUUUUGAUGUUAUGCCAAGCAUACACGAAAGGUUAUCGUGCCAAGCAUUUGCUUGCCAAAGCAAGAUUGUCUUGCUUUCGAAGAUUAUAUGUUUGGUGUUUGAACUUCAGUACUUAAUUUGGUCACGCAACAUUCGAUGUUCUGAGCAAACAAUAAUGAUAACGAUAAGUUUUGAAAUAGCAGCAUUCAGGAUAUGCUGAUUCAAAUAUGCUAAUGGCUCAUGAUGAAGUAAAUAAAAGCAAUUAUACGUAAGAUCAGAAUUACUCAACUCAUACAUCUCUCGUUUCCUUGUAUCAAUAAUAUCUUGCCCAAAUUACAA